GAGAGGCUUGCAGCCAUGCGCUCUGAUUCGCUGGUACCCGGCACGCACACGCCUCCCAUUCGACGGCGGAGCAAAUUCGCCACCUUGGGACGUCUCUUCAAACCCUGGAAGUGGAGGAAGAAGAAGAGUGAAAAGUUCAAGCAGACGUCUGCGGUGUUGGAGAGGAAGAUGUCCACUCGCCAGAGCAGAGAAGAGCUCAUCAAGAAAGGAGUGCUGAAGGAAGUUUAUGAGAAAGACGGUUUGUCCCCGGCUGUUCGGGAGGAGCUGCAGCUGGAGAACGGGCGCUCUCCGGUGCUCGGCUCCAGCAUGUCCGAGUCUGAAGGUACUGAGCUGAUGGAAGGAGCGGCUGCAGCUGUAGGCUCGCUGGAGUUUCAGAUGUCGGGCGAGGGGGCGUGUCAGCAAGACCUCCCCCAGAAAUCCAUCCUGGUUCCGCCCACGAAGAAGCCGUCUGUGUAUCCGGGUGACGGAGCUGAAUCGACGCUCUCCAGACCUCCAACGCUACACAAACAACCUCCUGCGCUACCACCCAAACCCUUCAACAGGCUACCUAACCACAUCACAGACGGCGCCCCGGUGAAGUUGCCGUGCAUGUCGAUGAAGCUGUCUCCUCCUCUACCUCCAAAGAAGCUCAUGAUCUCCAUACCCGCAGGGAGCAUGGAGCCCUCCUCGCUCGCCUUCCAGAAGUGCUCCGCCCCUCCCGGCCACGGUCCGAUGGGUGGGCACCACCUGCAGUACGGGGCCGUUCCUCUCCACACGCCCAGCCGGAUCAUAGAGGAGCUCAACAAGACCCUGGCCCUCACCAUGCAGAGGUUCGAAAGCUCGAUGAUGCACGGCGUUCCCACGUUGAUGGUCGAGUGCGACGACAAAGAGAACCUCCCCAACGAGGCGGACUACGAGGACAUACCCGACGAAGAGGAGGAGGAGGAGGAAGAGGACGACGAAGAGGAGGAAGAUGAGGACGAGGAGGAAGAUGACGAUGACACACUGUUUACAAGCACACUGGCCAUGAAGGUUUUACGGAAAGACUCUCGCAUCAAACUGAGUAACCGUCCAUCCAAGAGAGAGCUGGAGGAGAAGAACAUCCUGCCGCUGCAGUCGGACCAGGAGAGACUCGAGUUCCGGCAGCAGACGGCCACCAAACUCACCAGGCGGUUGAGUCAACGGCCGACAGCAGAAGAACUGGAGCAGAGGAACAUCCUCAAACCUCGAAACGAUCUGGAGGAGCAGGAGGAGAAGAGAGAGAUCAAGAGACAUUUGUCCAAAAAGCUCAGCCAGAGGCCCACAGUGGAGGAGCUGCGAGAGGCUAAAAUCCUGAUCCGCUUCAGUGACUACGUGGAAGUGGCCGAGGCUCAGGACUACGACAGGAGGGCCGACAAACCCUGGACCCGACUCACAGCUGCUGAUAAGGCUGCCAUCAGAAAGGAGUUGAACGAGUUUAAAAGCACAGAGAUGGAGGUGCAUGAGUCGAGCCGUCAUCUGACCAGGUAUGAAGAAAAAACACUCACACUGACUUAUAGUUUCAUCGGCCAUAAAACCGCUCAGUUGGACCUCGGCCAUGUUUUUAUAUUUCCCACACACAAGCCUCAAGUGUUACAGACUGCUCUCCGCUCCCUUCUUUCGGCGUCGGUGUCACGUUACACUCUCGACACGAUCUCCGGGGCUCGUUUCCCGUCGCCAGGAAACGGGAGCAACUUCUAA